AAGGACAAGAAGAUCCCCGAAAGCGACCGAACCACGACUCCCUACAUGACCAAGUACGAGAGGGCGCGUAUUCUGGGCACUCGCGCCCUGCAAAUCAGCAUGAAUGCGCCAGUGCUGGUCGAUCUGGAGGGUGAGACGGAUCCCCUCCAAAUCGCCAUCAAGGAGAUGCGAGAGAAGAAGAUCCCUCUGAUCGUGCGACGAUACCUCCCGGAUGGCUACUACGAGGACUGGACUUGCGAGGAGCUGCUG